GGAAAUAUGUUCAUAGAGAAACAUUUUCAUUACAACCAAACACACCUUUGUGUGUAAAGAAGAAAGUGAACACUUUUUCUGUACAGUAAUUUACCUUUCUUGAACCUCCAUGAAAAUACCUUCAAAGAAACCUCACUUCUUCAAACCAAUUCUUCCAGGCUUCAAAAAUGGAAUUAAAAUUCCUAUAGGUUUUUUGAAGUAUCUGAAGGGAUACGAGCAUAUUAAACGUGCUGUACUGAAAAGGGGUGGUAAGAAAUGGCGGAUUAAGCUGAAUGAACAUCGAUUUGAAGAUGGUAAUUGGGGAAAAUUUGUGGAGGAGAAUGAUUUGCAAUUGGGAGAUUUGUUGGUGUUUAGACAUGAAGGAAAUAUGGAAUUUGAGGUUUCUGUAUUUGAUUCAAGUCAUUGUGAUAGAGAAUAUGCAGAGUAUCUGCAGGAAGAAGGAGAAGGAGGAAGAGCCCGGACUGUUGAGGAAAUUUCGAAGGAAUUUGAGUUUAAAGAAGCUGCUACUCGCAACCAAUCUCAUGUUGUAUGCAAAGUUAGAGCCUAUUGCCUUUCAAAAUGUUACUUUCGCCUUCCUGGAAAAUUUGCAAGGGCAAACGGUCUCAUAAACAAGAAAUGUAGUUUGAUUAUUAGAGAUGAAAAACGAAGGUCAUGGAGUUUAAAGCUAUAUACCUCCUAUUCUCAAGUCUAUAUUGGAGGUAGAUGGGCUGAACUCCGUGAUGCAAAUGACAUAAAGGAGGGAGAUCAUAUAACAUUCAAGGUUGUUGCUAAUGGAGAAAUGCCAAUAUGGGAAUUCCAUACAAAUGUAACAGAAAAAUCGAAGUGCAACAUCAUGUCAUCACACGAGGCUUUUCGCAACAUAGAAGCUGCAAAAAACAUUCCUCUCUCUCACCCUCAUUUUGUUUGUACCAUGAAAUCAUAUUACCUUUCGAAGUGUUCUCUGCGAGUUCCAGUCUCAUUUGCACGGUUAAACGGUCUCAGAAACAGGACAUGUACAAUAACAAUAAGAGACAAGCGCCGGUCAUGGACAUUUAAGCUAUAUGCCCGUGGGGUAAACACCACCAUUGUUGGCGGAUGGCACAAGUUCUGCAUUGUGAAUUGCUUAAAGGAAGGAGAUUACUUAAUGUUUGAGAUACUUGACAAUGGAGAGAAGCCAAUAUUGAAGUUUCACGAUAUGAAAGGAAGUGCAUCACCUCAGCCCGAAGGAAAGAUGGUCAAUUUGGACGCUAAAAGUGUUUCCACAGAAGCAACAGGCGUUAAGAUUAAGACCUCAUACGUGACUGCUCCGAAAGUACUACCUGCUUCAAUAUCUGCUAAUGAUGCUAGCCCUCAUUUUAUUUCUAUUAUUAAGCCCUAUUCCAUCUUCAAACAUUUUCUGUAUAUUCCAUUGGCUUUUGCAAAAUCAAAUGGCUGGAUGAAUAGACGUUUUGAGAUGAUUCUCAUGGAUGAACAACAGAGAUCGUGGCCAGUUCGACUAGGGCCAGUGUCAGAUGAUCACAUCGGAAUUCACAUUGGAUGGCAAAAGUUCAAAGAAGCAAAUGAUGUCCAAGUAGGAGAUAUCUAUAGAUUUGAACUCAUCAACAAUGAAAAAAUACCUGUAGCCUAUUUCCAUCGUAUAUAUUCUGGAAAGGAUGCCAAGCAAAGCCCUUGACAAGUUAGUGAAGCAGUUGGUGAUGGGCAAGGGAAAGGAGCAUUGAAGGUGAUGCUUUGGUUAUACUACAUGUUGCUCUAAUCUCAACAGAUAAUGUACCUUCAGAUUUUUUUUCGUAACGGAGAAAUCCUCGAGGUCCGAUGGUGCAUGGUUCAAAGCUCGGUGAAUAAUGGAUUUUGAACCUGUAACGUGCACUAAACCCAUAAAUCACGUGUUGUGCUCUUACCACUAAACCAAAGUUCGAGGUCCAAGAUGUACCUUAGAUUUAAUGUUCUUCAAUUACCCUCCAUUUGAUUAUGACAUGUACAUUUUACUUCAAAUUCAGUGAUCUUGUAAGUUGCAUUUUAACCAACUCAA